UUUGGAGGGCGUGCUGGUCCCUCCGCCGCUGCCCCGCCUCCUUCACCGAAGGGAGCCAGGCUUGGAGGAAAGAGGGAGGUGCCCCGCAGCAUAGGGAAAAGUUUGUGGUUGGUCGGGAGCGCAUGAAGAGGACAGCGGGAUACCAUGGAGAUUGGUCUUUGCAAACGCCGGGGGAACUCGGCGGAGAGAAGUCCUCCCUUCGGGGACUCGAACCCCUAUCCAAAGUUUACUGCCGGAAGGAGGAAAGGCGGCGCAGAUUAGUCCUGCAGAGGCGGGGAAAAGACUGACUUUGGACGACCCAAGAAGGACUGGCGUUUGGAAAGGGAAGCUUGAGAAAGAUCCCUUCUGCUUUGAUAAAGAGGGGGGAUCCUCCCCCUAUAUCACUUUCCCCAAGCACUAAGGAGGAGAAUCAGGACUCGGGAAGGGCUAACUGGAUCUUUUGCGUCAUCUUGCUUUGAGGGAUCCGCCUUGCCUACAAACAGGGGAGGGGCUUUGGCACCCUGCCGCAGCCCCUCCCAGCGAUCCUGAGAAAAGAGGGCAAAAAGAUCCCAGGCCGGAUCCCUCGCAGCCUGCUUGCUUCCCCUGCCACCCUCCCGAGCCAUGGCAUGGUCGGGAUGUGGCCCCAAGUGCAUCCAGCCCUGGAAUCCCCGUUACCGUUACUUGGACCUGCUCUUUGCCUUGAUGGGCACGGCGGCGUUCCUGGUGGACCUGGCUGCGGAUGUGUGGGUGGCCGCCAGCUACCUGCAGGCCGGGCAUUACUACUGGGGCGGCCUGGUGCUGGGCCUUUUGGGCCUCUCCUCGUUGACGACGCAAGUCUUCAGUUGGGCCUGGUACCGGAGCGACCCGAAAGAGCUGCACCGGGACCAGCUCAAAGACCAGACCCUGCUGAUAGUACACGUCCUGCAGCUCGGAUACUUGUACAGGUGUCUCCAUGCCCUGAAGGUGGGUUUUCAGGUGUGCUGGACGGAAGCUGCAUCAGAAGCUGAUCGGGGCUAUGCUGUUUUCCUCUCCCAUGACAUCAGCUUGCUGCGCAUAUUCGAGACCUUCCUGGAAAGUGCCCCGCAGCUCACCCUAGGGCUCUACAUUAUUCUGCACACGAGUAAAGCUGAGAUGUUUCAGAUACUUGGAAUUUGCACCUCUUUCAUAUGCAUUGCCUGGGCACUCUUAGAUUACCACCAGUCCCUGCGCAUCUUCCUACGGGACAAGCACAAGCUGGGCAUCCUUUCCUCCGCCGUCUACUUCCUGUGGAACUUCCUGUUAGUGUGCCCCCGCAUCCUGUCCCUGGCCCUCUUCACUGACCUCUUCCCCAGCUACGUCUUCUUGCACUUCCUGGGCGUCUGGUUUGCCAUGUUCCACUGGGUGACACUGCAGGAGACAGACUUCAUGGAGCAUGCCGGCUUUGAGUGGCUUUAUCGGGCAGUGGUAGCCGUUGUCCUCUACUUUUGCUGGUUCAAUGUGGCCGAGGGGAAGACGCGCUACCGCAGCAUCAUUUACUACACGUUCCUAAUGCUGGACAGUGCCCUCCUCGCCUGUUUUUGGGUCUGGUACAACCUUCCCUUGAGCUGGGACUCCCCUGUGCUGUACGCGAUCCUCGCUGCCCUGCCCUGCUACAGCCUUGGAAUCUUUUUGCGAUGCAUCUACUAUCACAGUUUUCACCCCACACUACAAGUUGCAUCCCUGGCCAGUUAUGAUGAAGUAGACACCAGAGAGCUAGCGGGUGGCGAUGCGGCUGUUUUCCAGCAAGAGCCAGUUGUAGGCUACAUCAACCAGCGGACAUAUAAACUCUCUUGUUUUUUUGCUGACUUCUCGCAGGACUUACGAGGUCAACGAAAUGGGGCAUUUGGGAGCGUGAAUCUUUGAGCCAGGCUGAACACAGGUGCCCUCCAAGACACUAGCUAGAACCACUUCGGGAAACCAUUGUUUGCUUCUUUGGAGCUUGGUGUUUAAAGCUGCCUCCAAGAAAAUACUGCAGCAUAAACUAAUCCUGAACAAGAAAUCUCAGAAUAAGAUCCCUGUGAUCCAGGGAGAACUUUGUAACCAUGGACCAGUUGGUAUGCAUUACAGCUCUGAGAACAUCUGCUAUGAAUUUCAUACCAGCGCAUCUCCUGUCUUUUUUACCUUCUCUUUGCUAUCGAUUGACUUGGCCAUGUCUAAGGCAAUCAGUACCAUGGGGGGAAAAGAGAGAGGUGCCUUUACAGGUGCCCUAGGAGCAGUUCACUGGGACCUAGCAUAUAUUCUCAAGACUGUCAUUUUCCUCAGAGGCAAGCUCAGUCUACUCCUGAGGUUUGAAAAACAAUCUCGACUGGCCACUUGGGCUUUUGAAGAGGCCAAGAUUGCACAAGAUAGUGUUAGCCCCUCCUCAAUGAGAUAGUUGCCCGGUUUGAACAUGGCACUGGUACCCAUAUAAUCACCCUGGCUGUGCAAAAUUGUGAAAUACGCUAUGCCCAACAGAGAGAAUAAGCUUGCUCACUGGCAUAGUAUUUUCAUAUGAAGUCUGAGAGAACACUUGAGAAAAUGAACAAGAGGAUGGCAAAUAAAAAUAAAAGACAAAAAAAUGCCCAAUUUAAACAAUGUUGGUGGGAGGGGAGAACUUGCCUGCAUGUAGCCAGUGUAUUCGAAUGGCAUAUAUGUUGUUUAGUGUGCCAACACAUUACCUGCUUAGACUAGGAUUUGCUGGUACGCUAACAUUGUGUAAUGGCUUAAUGGCCCAGUUUAGUAAAAUGCUUGAUCACUCAGCUGUGAUCAGUCAUUUGCCCCUGAAAGUCCUGGAUUCUACAUGUAUUGGGGUCCUGUUAAAUGGUUCCACAGGCUUCUUUUAGCCUUCCCUUCCCUUCUUCAGCAUCCUUUGUUGUCCCAUUUAACUCCUUUAGCCUUAAGCUAGGCCAAAGUGCCCUCCUGCUGCCGGCAGCCUUUUUCACAAACAGUCUCACAACUAAGUUUGUCAUCCCACAACUUUCCAUGUUCUGAGUAGUGAUCCUGUUUGUGCAUGGUUCUUUUGGCAUGCGGUUAAUUUAACUAAAGCAAUUUUUAAUUUUAAAAAGUUGUUUACAAGACCAAACUGUGGGGAUGGGAGCUCAAAGGCCAAACUUGGUGUUAAAUGGAAGUUUUUUGGGGGAGGGGAGAAGGGGGAAGUGGCUGCUUAACCUUUUCUACCUUAAAUUUUUUUCCACACUCAGUUACUCUUUCCCCCCGCCCCCAGCUGCUUUUCCACCUGAAGGAGAGGGAAGCCACACAGUCCUUUGGGUCCUAUUCAGAACCCCCCAUCAUGGUUGCUUGUCAUUUAAAAAAAAGUAAAAUGAUUGCUACAUGUACAACUUUCUGUAUUGUUUGUCAGUUCAGUGGAGAAUGUUAACUUAUUGGCUUCAUGAAGAGGUUUAGACAAAAAAUAAACAUGUUUCUAGUACA